AUGGUCAAUCACAAUGGCAGCAGCAACUCUCCACCUCCUUCCAAUCCAAUCAAGAAAUAUAAUUGGUGGAUCUUGAUGUGUCUCAUCACUUUCUCAACCCUCCUCACCACUCUCAUGAUGAUUUAUUUUAAAAAACGAACAUUACAUUUAACAACGUCAUCCAAUCAUGAAAACGAUGUCACUUUAUCAUCACCCGCAACAACGAUUAAUUUAAUCAAUAGGUACACCCCUCCAAAAAUUCCACACGAAUUUCAAAAUUAUCUCCUUCACAAUAACAACAAAAAAAGUGAAAUUCUUCCACAAAUUCAUCAUCAAAUCGGAAAAUCAAUAUUUUCGAGUCACUACAAUUGUAUCAAACAUAUACCGGAUCACGUCAAUCAAACAAGUUUAAACAAUAGAUAUUCACUCAAUUGGAACUCACUUUAUACUUCAUGUGUUUUAGAAAAUGUGUGUUUGAAUAGGAGAGGAGAAUGGUUGUUAUAUUUACAUAACCCGCAUGAAAGAAAAAAAUUCAAUGAUCAAAUUCUUGUACUCACAAGUUCCUUGAGAUUGGUCAUGCAUGAAUCGAUCAAAUUUAAAGUUCAUACUCGAGUGCCUCCUCAACAACAAGUAACGCAAUCCAACAAUUAUUUUACAGGAACAGAUGAAAAUUCAAUUUUUAAAAUUUCAAAACAAUUUAGUUGGAUUCAAACACCAACCUUUGCAUUCUCGAGAUAUGCCACCUCGAAUGUGGGUCACUUGAUCAUGGAUAAUUUAUUUUCAGUUUUUAACAUGAUGGCAAAUUUCGAGUAUGUGAACUCCAAUCAUUUUUUACUGUUUUUAGAUGAUCCAUUUAACAAAGAGACUGGUUCACUACCGAGAGCAGGUCAUCCACCAGAGAGAGCUGAAGCAGUUUCAUUGGAAUGGGCAAAAUUUUUCUCAUCUCACAAACCUCUUCAGCUGUGUUUUGAUCAAUUCACAAAUUCUUAUUAUAUUCAUUAUGCUCCAUGCAGACAAGAUAACGUGGAACAAUCCAUUAAGGAUCAACUGUCACGAGAAGAAGGCAAUGAAGUGCAAACAUGCUUCUCUAGCCUAUUCAUUGGAUCUGUGGAGUCACAUUAUUUUGAUUUUUAUGGUCGUGAAACAAUAUUUCCCUUAUUUAGGAAUUAUAUAUUGAAUCAAGUGGGAUAUUUGGAAUCAAAAAAGUAUGGCCAAGAGAAUCGCCAAACGCAUACCUCCCAUCAACGUACUCUCAAAAUUGCCAUUCAAAGAAAACCAAUUUCUUCCAAACACAAAGAUUCCAUUAUUAACACGUUCGAAAUUGCAAAUUACUUUAAUGAGAAGAAAACAGAAAUAUUGACUCGUUUGAAUGCCAUCUAUAAGAGAUUUCAUUCAGUGGAAAUUAUCGAGUUGAAAUUAGAAGAAUUGAAGGCCAUGGAACAACUGCAAUUCUUCAAAGAUUUGGAUGUUUACGUUAGCACUCAGGGAUCUGCCUCGUACAUGUCUAUGUUCAUGCUCAAUCCAACAUCUCUCCUCUUCUUCUCUCCUCUGUGUCGAUCUGAAACUUUGCAAUGCAGCGACUACAACAUUCGAAUUCACAAAACAUUUUCAAACGUUCGAACCAUUUCACUCAAUGAUCAUUUAGACAUGAUUGAAUGUGUCAAAGAGAAUUCUCUCAAUGGCGUUGGAUAUAAGGUGAAAAAAGUGGAACCACCAGGGAGCGUUUACUAUUACGGUGAUUGUCAUUUGAGAUUUAAUGUUGAAAAGUUUUAUGCAUUGGUAUUGGAAGAAUUGGAAAACAUUCAUUCGAGUUCACGACAUUUCAGUUGA